UGUGUCUAGGGCUGGCUUCAUGGUCAUGAACGUGAGCAGUCACACGAGGCCCUGAACUCAGAAGGGCAUAUGCUUGGUUUAAAGCUCUGCUGUUGCUAUCUUAAAAUUGUUAAUAAAUUUUUAAUCCCACAUUUUCAUUUUGUGCUGGGAUUCAUAAAUUAUGUAGUAGGCCCUAAUUGUAGCUGUGUGGUGGAAAUACUAUAUAAUAGUAUGCUACUAUGUAUCACUUCCCAAUUCAGUGUUCAGUACCCUCAAAUUGCAACUGGAAGUAGCCGGUGGGGGACGUUGGUACACGCUUGAAACAGGGUGGGAAGCAAUUGUACACUAUUUACCGGCGCAACACUGCGCAGUGUAAAUAUAAUUAAUGGUCAUGCACCUCCUCCCACCCCUGCCCCUGGGCGUUUUGAAUGCCAAAGAGGAAAAGGCCUUUUUUGCAUAGGAGUUUAUUAUUCAUUUGGGACAGCAAAACAAUGACCUCAUCCUUGGCAUUAUUUCUAAUUAUAAAUUCAGAUCUCCCGCGAUGGAAGACUGUCCCACUUAAAAAACGCCACUCCAGGAGGGUGAGAGCAGUCGUCCUGAAUCAAGGCGUGCUCCCGGAGGUAACCGGUUAGAAAUCCGGGUACACGCGCCUGCCUCUCCCCGCGCCUGAGCUGCCUCUCCCACUGCGCUGCCUCCUUCCCCAGGAAGCCGGAGCAUCACCAAGGGCUCAGAGGGGCGGCGGCUGGCUGAUCCAUCCUCUGCCAGAUCCCUCGCCCAUCCUGAGACCGCUGCGCUCUGCCGCUGCGCAGAGCGAUGGAGACCUCCUGGCUGGAGACGCGCUGGGCGCGGCCCUUCUACCUGGCGUUCGUGUUCUGCCUGGCCCUGGCGCUGCUGCAGGCGAUCAAGCUCUACCUCCGGAGGCUGCGGCUGCAGCGGGACCUACGCGCCUUCCCCGCGCCCCCCACCCACUGGUUCCAUGGGCACCAGAAGAUUUUUCAAGAUGAAAAAAUGGAGAAGAUAGACGAGAUUGUUGAAAAAUACCCUCGUGCCUUCCCUUGCUGGAUUGGGCCUUUUGAGGCAUUUUUCUUUAUCUAUGACCCAGACUAUGCAAAGACAUUUCUGAGCAGAACAGACCCCAAGUCCCAGUACCUGUACAAGUUCAUAAUCCCAUGUCUUGGAAAAGGACUGUUGAAUCUAGAAGGGCCCAAGUGGUUCCAGCACCGCCGCCUACUAACUCCUGGAUUCCACUUUAACAUCCUGAAAACCUAUGUUGAGGUGAUAGCCCAUUCUGUAAACACGAUGCUGGAUAAGUGGGAGAAGCUGUGCGGCACUGAGAACACAAGCGUGGACGUUUAUGAGCACAUCAACUUGUUGGCUCUGGAUACAAUCAUGAAAUGUGCUUUCAGCCAGGAGUCCAACUGCCAGACAAACAGCACCCAUGAUCCUUAUGUAAAAGCCACGUUUCAAAUCGGCAGAAUUAUACGUAACAGAAUAUACAGUUUCUGGUAUCACCAUGACUUGCUUUUCAAACUCAGCCCUAAGGGCCACUACUUCCAGAAGUUAAUCCAAGUGGUGCAUCAGUACACAGAAAAGAUGAUCCAGGACAGAAAGGAAUCCUUCAAGGCUGGGAAGCAGCAGAACAACACUCAAAAGAGGAAGUACAAGGAUUUUCUGGACAUCGUCCUUUCUACCCAGGCUGAAAACGGAGAUGUCUUCUCAGAUACUGACGUCCAAUCUGAGGUGAACACGUUCAUGGCCGCAGGGCACGAAACCACGGCUUCCAGCCUCUCCUGGCUCCUCUACUGCCUGGCUCAGAACCCUGAGCAUCAGGACAGAUGUCGGGAGGAGAUCAAGGGCAUCCUAGGGGACGGCUCUUCUAUCACCUGGGACCAUCUGGGUGAGAUGUCGUACACCACGAUGUGCAUCAAGGAGACGUUACGAUUGAUUCCUGCAAUCCCAACUAUUUCCAGAAAACUCAGCAAGCCCCUUACCUUCCCAGAUGGAUGCUCACUGCCUGCAGGUAUAACCGUGAGUCUCUAUAUUUGGGGUCUUCACCACAACCCUGCAGUCUGGAAAAAUCCAAAGGUCUUUGACCCCUUGAGGUUCUCUCCGGAGAAUUCUGAUCGGAGACACCCCCAUGCCUAUUUACCAUUCUCAGCUGGACCAAGGAACUGCAUCGGGCAGCAGUUUGCCAUGGUUGAGUUAAAGGUGGCCAUUGCCUUGAUUUUGCUGCGCUUCCAAGUGACUGCAGACCCCACCAGGCCUCAUCUCUUCUCCAGCCAUAUUAUCCUCAAACCCAAGAAUGGGCUCUAUUUGAACCUGAAGAAACUCCCUGAAUGGUAGAUCCCAGGGCACGAUGAUUAAAUAUGUUUUGUUUUUAAGUUAAAUGUACAGCUAAUGGUCCAAGUAAAUGGAAAGGGAUCAAAAUGUGGUGGGAGGGUUGGAGGUAGGAGAGAUAGGGGUCUCUGUGAAGCUGCACAUUAUCCAGAAACAUUUCUAGGUAACACAGGGCAUCUCCUUGAUCAGUUUCUAUAUGACUUUGGGAAAUUGUCACAUCUUUUCUGUUUGAUUUUACCUACUAUUAGUGUUCUAUACCCAGCACUUUGCUAGGUGACUUCCAUAUAUUUUCUGUUGUUCUUAAAAAUAGUUUUCAGAAUUACAAAAGUAAUAGGUGAUUAUAUGCUCACUGUAAAAAAAUUCCAACACUAGACAACUUGUAGAGUAAAAAAUUUAAAUCCCACUUUAUGUAGCUCACAUCCCAAUCCUACUGCAUUUCCUAAAAACAGAAUAAUUUGGUGUGUGUUCUUUCAGACUUUUUCCUAUACCAAAGUUCAUAUAUAUGUAUGUAUUCUUAUAGGUGGGAUCAUAUCUAUAUUGUUAUUGCUUUUUUUCACUUAAUAAAAACCCAUCUCAUUUGUUAUCAUGGCUUCAUGGUAUUCUGUAAUAUGGCUGUAUUACAUUAAAAAUGUAUUUAACUAUUUUCCUUAUUGGACAUUUAUUUGUAAUUUUAAAAACAUGUUUAUUGCCCAUUUAUGUUUAUCUUUGUUUUGUUCUCUGUGAGUUGUCUGUACAAUGUUGGUGAACUUCUAUGAAGUUGUCUUUUUCUUAUUGAUUCAUAUGAGUUCUUUAUAUAUUGUGGAUAACAAUCU